AUGAGUGAUGAGUUGGCAAAGCUCAAAAAAGAAAUCCUAUAAGAUACAGAAUUACAAGCUAAGAAAUAAAGAUUUGCCUUAUUCUCUUCUCCAGUACCACUUGGUUUGGGAGAUGACAGUUACGAUUUCAAAAAUAGACGUAUCUAUUAUAUUAAAUUCUAUAUAGCUCCUAGAGGGGAGAAUGGAAAACCAAUUACUCAACCAAAUAAUGUGAAAAUUGGAGCUCCAAAAAGUGGAAGAAUUAAGAGCUCUUAUUUUAGCUAAGCUACUUUUACUUCCAUUGGUGAUCCAUAUAAGGAUCCAUAAAGAAAGGACUUGUAAUAUGAAUUGGAAAAGACUAAGAAGAUCCUAUUUAAAGAUUAGCCAUUUAAACCUGCAUCAGGUUAUAAGGAAUUGUUAGGAGGACCUUGGCCUCAUAUGAAAGAGUUUGAUAUGAAAAAGACAAGAAAUUAUAAAACUGCUGAUGGUAGAGUAUGGUCUGCUCCUAGAAAUAUUACAACAAAUCCAGCAAAUAAGGAUUUAUCAAAAGGAUAUCCACAUUUAAAGGAUGAAUACGAUAGAUUUCACUAAUAUUAAUUGGUAACACAUCUAAGGUUCUAUUUUAGAAAUUAUAAAUGGAGGCAAAAAGAAGAGAAAAAGAAGUUGCAUUUAGAACAACAAUAGCAGGAGGAGAGAAUUUUAAUAAAGAUAAAUAAGUAUUUGGAUUUGAUGGAAAAGCACCUCCAUCUAAUAAAGAAAAGCCUCAUGAUAUGCAUAUUAUGAAACAUGAAUAAAAUUUCAAACCUGCUAAUCCAGGUAAAAAAGGUUUUGAAGGAGAAUUUGAAUAAAUUACUUAUAAACCAGAUCCUGUGAAACCACUUAAAAGAAAAGAAUGGCCUAAAGGAAAAGAAUAAUUCAAGCCCAAUAAUUUAGGCACUUUAACAAGACCAACCCCAUCAAUUACAUGUUUUAAAUAGAACAUUAGAAGAGUGAUGAGUGCUAAAGGAUUCUGAG